AUGCUGUGGACGACAUAUCUAUCCGUCGCUACAAGCAGGUAUCUCUACGAUCGUAUAGGAGCCCCACACCGAGACGACAAGUUUGAUGAGCUUUUGGCACUCCCAGAGAACGAGUUCCGGCAGGUUACGCGGGUUUCCAAGUCUUCGUUUGCUGCUCUACCCGACUAUAUCGGAGGGAACACUGUGUUUAAUUCCGGUGGCACCGAUGCGCCGCACAAACAACGGCCAGCGAGUGUACAGAUUGCCGUUGCUCUCGCCCGGCUCGGAGCAAAUGGAAAUGCUGCUAGUGUUGGAGAAUUUCACCGGCGGUUCAAUAUAGCUGCUGGGUCGGUGGUAGUGUAUACGAAGCGAGUCGUUGCAGCUCUCAAGGCAGUGCGUGCUCAAUGGAUUGCGUGGCCGUCACGAGCCAGACGACGGGAGGUUGCGAGCGUUAUGGCAUCAGAGGGAUUCCCUGGCUGCGUUGGCUUUAUUGAUGGCACUACACUGCCCCUCUCACAACGCCCAGCACUAGAUGGAAGCAGUUACUGGGAUAGAAAGAAAAGCGAUAAGAGAAUUAUUGCGGUACAUUGCGGCUGUCCUGGGUCAUGCGCUGAUUCGAAUGUGUUUAAGCGGAUGAAAAUCUAUCGCGAGAGUGAACUUUUCUUUGAUGGUGGGGAGUUCCUUCUAGCCGACUCUGCUUACCCACUAUUGCAGACUGUGUUGCCAGCAUACAAAUCUCCGCUUGCAGAUCAACCCGACAACGCAGAGUUCAACAAUUAUUUAGCUAUGUCUAGAGUGCGGAAUGAGCACGCAAUUGGAAUUCUGAAAGGGAGAUGGUCUUCAUUACGUGAGUUGCGGAAUCAGCUACGCUCGGAACAAGAAAUGACACAAUUAAUCGACUGGGCUAUUGGGUGUUGUGUACUUCACAAUAUGAUGGCACGGCUGGGGGAUGGUUGGAAAAAAAUGUUCUUGGAGUCCGAUCCGCCUAACCAGGGUGCUGAUGGUUUUGCGCGUGAAGAGCGUAGCUCAAUCCGUGAGAUUAUCAAGCCUAUCACACUUAUUACGCGAAGACGUAGCUUACGGCGGAUGCGGAUGUAA